ACCACUUCCGGUUUAUGAAGCUUAACGUCUAGCCGUUUCCUGCAUGACGUCACUGACUCCGCCCCCUCUUUGGAAACUCAUGGGCGUGCCAAAACAAAGGGCAGGACAAGGGAACCAAGAUGGGAGACAGCUUCCACGAGCAGCUAAAGACAGACAGCUGGUUCCUGAAGUCGGACCGGCGCCUGGACACCGAGCUGGUGGAUAAGAUCAUUCUGCAGCUGAACAGAAUCUACCCUCAGAUCCUCACUGACAAGGAGGCCACCAAGUUCCGGGAUCUGGAUGUGCCCACAUGUGUGAGACUGGCUGAGCUGCUCACACACCUGCAGGACAAAGGCGAGGAAGCAUGCCGAGAGUUUUACCGUGCGCUUCACCUGCACGUGGAGGACGUGUAUUUCAGCCUCCCUACACGCCUCCGCCGCCGUCAGGAAUCUGUGGAUCCGGUGCUGAGACCUGCCAUCAGACCCACUGAGAGAUACGCAUUAAACGAACAGGGUCCACUGUUCUUUCUCAGCUGUUUCAGCGCAGUGGUAGGAGCAGCGUUGCUGUAUUAUUAUGGAGAUGUGAAGGCGGCGUCGGGUUCGAGCAGCGCUCUGGGCUUCGCCGCUCUCGGGAUCGGGAGGAAGGUCCGAGAGGUUCUGAUCUGGUACACAGAAGAUGGUCUGGGGAGAUAAGCUCACACACUGUUACAGUUUUUAACAGUUUUACACUAACAUGGAAAAACACAGCAGGUUUAAAGUGCCUUACAAAGUUUUUUUAAAGGAUUGUGUACAUACCGUAAAUGACAUAACGGAAUACGCCCAAAGCUGUUUAAAACGUCUCUCUCCUUUUGGUUAACGUUAUUUUUUCCACUAGAAAACUACAUCUUUCCGUUUUGUUUUCUCUCCGAGUGUGUGGAGUACAGAACAGUGCCGGCUCGAAUGACUUCACUGAGGUGUGUGUUAGAGUUUACACUGGUGGCUCAGAUCAAUCUGGCAUUACUGUGUAUGACAGUAAUGCUCAUUUUGUCACUUUUUGGGAAAAAAACAAACAAAAGUUCUGAAUCCGAGGCACAUUCGCGUGGGUUUAUAAAUGGAUAAAUAUGUUAGAUUUGAGGAAACACUGGGUUUGGACACCAUUACAGAUUUUUUUUAAAUAUUUCACAUCGUAUACAUGUAUGUGGCUUCACAGGGACUUCCAUGUGCACUAAUUUUUACUGAAUUUUUACUUUUUUUUCAAGUAAAAGGCACUAAGGAGCUCAUGAUGCUCUGCCACGAGGUGCUGCUGUGGACUAGGGAUGUGCCGAUAAUCAGUCAGACAAUAUAUCAGAAAAAUAUCACCAAGGUAUUAUUGUGGACACUUUAAAUUACCGUCACUAAUGCAAACACUAGCUGGCUGUUUUAGCCUGAUCUACACUACAAGACAAGGCCUGACCAAGCUGCGUCUGUAACCCUGCGUUCCAUCACGGUCCGAGGAAUCAUUCGAGCCAGUCGUUUCAUUGUGUCACCCCUGAUUUACACACAACUGAGGACAUCUGAAUCCAAAUGUCGCUCUGUUGCAGAGUCACUGGCUAAAACAUGAAUGACAGUCUGUCACUAGACAGCAAAUAAUACUUAAUUAUACUAAUGUUAUGCUUAAACUUUGUUUUUAAAUGACAGCAGCAUGGUGAUACGGAUAAAGAGACAGCCCUGGAGCCACAUAAGUGACAAACAUCAACUCCAAGUGUCUAACACAGCGGCCACACUGGGGUGCCAAGCGGGCCCUGCAAAUAUCUCAAGUCCUCAAUAUCGCUAGUCGUUUUUCAUUUUGUAAAUUUAUUAAAAGUGGUGCGUACUUAAAAAUAGUACACUUUAUAAAUCAUGAUUACAAUCAAAUCUGUGCCAGCCAGUAGCAAUUCACGGCCAUCUUACGCAGGUAGAUUUCUUUUACCUGCAGGCUGGAGGGUAAAAAUGACAGCCUUAGAUAAAAAAAAAAAAGGGUGAGAACCAUGUAGUCGGCA